GCAACCUGACGGUGAAGCUGCUGGAGGCGGGGAAGCGCGUGGUGGCGGUGGAGUUGGAUCCGCGCAUGGUGCAGGAGCUCUCGCGCCGCGUGCAGGGCACGCCGCUCGAAAACAAGCUGCAGAUCAUCCAGGGCGACAUCUUGAAGGUGGACCUACCGUACUUUGACAUCUGCGUGGCCAACAUCCCGUACCAGAUCUCCUCGCCCAUUGUGUUCAAGCUGCUCUCGCACCGCCCGCUCUUCCGCGCCGCCAUCAUCAUGUUUCAAAAGGAGUUUGCGCUGCGCCUGCUUGCUCGCCCGGGGGAUAACCUGUACUGUCGCCUCAGUGCCAACUCGCAGCUGCUCGCGCGCAUUCACCAUCUGCUCAAGGUGGGGCGCAAUAACUUCCGCCCGCCACCCAAGGUGGACUCAAGCGUGGUGCGCAUAGAACCACGGCACCCGCUGCCGCCAAUCAACCUGCAGGAGUGGGACGGGCUGCUGCGCCUCUGCUUCUCGCGCAAGAACAAAACCCUAGGCGCCAUCUUCCGCCAGAAGAACGUCCUGAACCUGCUGCAUGAAAACAUGCUCACCUUCCAGGCGUUGCACGCUGCCGGUGGGGUGGCAGCGGCAGGGCAGGGUGUGGCGCAGGGACGUGCUGCUGAUUUGUUCAUGAAAGAUGAUGACUGGGAGGAAGGCGAGGUGGAGGACGGGGAGGAGGAAGAUGGUGUGGAAGCGAUGGAGGAGGAGGGUGAGGGGAGUGGAGGGAAGGGAGGGAAGGGAGGGAAGGGGAGGGGAGGGCCAUUGCCUGAGUUCAAGGAGAAGGUGUUGGAUGUGUUGAAGGCGGAGGGGUAUGAGGACAAGCGGUCGUCCAAGCUUCGGCACGUGCAACGGUCGUCUUUCGCGCCCGCCAAGAUGAUGAUCGGAGGCGCGUCGCGGCCGAAGCAGCUGCAGAACAUCGUGGAUCGGCCAAUGAGCCGCGGCAAGUCCGAGGUGAGUCUGAGUGCGCUGGCGUUUCUCUUCUCGGAGAUGGUGCAGUACAGCCAGACGCGGGUCAACAACAUCGCAGAGCUUGAGAGGAAGCUGGAGGACCUGGGGUAUGGCAUAGGGCUGCGCAUGCUAGAGCUGCUGGUGCAGCGAGAAAAGGGCAACAGGCGGGAGACGCGGGUGCUGGGAAUUCUGUCGUUCGUGCACAGCACCGUGUGGAAGGCCCUCUUUGGCAAGGUGGCGGAUUCACUAGAGAAGAGCACAGAGCACGAGGAUGAGUACAUGAUCAGCGAGAAAGAGCUGCUCGUCAACAGGUUCAUCUCAGUGCCUAGAGACAUGGGUGCGUUCAACUGUGGCGCCUUCGUUGCAGGCAUUGUCAAGGGCGUGCUGGACAAUGCGGGCUUCCCGGCGCGAGUGACAGCGCACUACGUGCAGGUGGAGGGGCAGCAACGGCCACGCACCACCAUCCUCAUCAAGUUUGCCGACGAGGUGUUGGCUCGUGAAGCCAGGCUAGGUUGA